GAAAAAAAACCCAGAGAUUCAGAUGCACGAAAAAAAUGGUGCAAUUGUUCUCACCCAGAAUCCGCACUACAAUCAAGAAAUCCAGGCUCCUUUUCGCCUCCAUUAAAUCCCAGCAAUAUUGCCACACCCCACCACCACACACCGAAGCUACAGCUGAAGAAAUCAUCAGAGUUUUGUCGAAGCACAACAACUGGCAAUUCCUAUUGGAAUCUUCGCAUAUUCCGACGAAACUCAGCUCCGAUGUGGUCCAAUCAGUUCUUCAAAGAUCCCAUUUCUCCACGCACCCAAUGCGCCUCCUCGAUUUCUUCAACUGGUCGAAUCAGCAUCUGGGUACCCCUCAAACCCUCGAUUCCUUUUCGAUUCUCGCUUUUGUUCUGUGCGGCUCCAAUCUCUACGCGCCCGCAAUCAAUGUGUUGGGCAGAAUGGUUGAUGCCCGUGUUUCGGUUUCCGAUGUUUUGAACUCGAUGAAUUCGAUUGUUUACAGCGGGGGCCCGAGGUUUCGAUCGAGGCCCGUUGCGUUUGAGCUUUUGAUUGAUGUGUAUAGGAAGAGGGCAAUGUGGAAUGAGUGCGUUUGUGUGUUUUUGGGUGUUAAAGAUUGCGACUUUAGGAUCAGUUUGCUGUGCUGCAACUCUCUGUUGAAGGACUUGUUGAGGUGCAACCGGAUGGAGUUGUUUUGGAAGGUUUAUGGGGAAAUGUCGGCCAAGAAAAUCGAGUCCGAUGCGUAUACUUACGUGAGUGUUAUCACAGCUCAUUGUAGGGCUGGGAAUGUGAAGGAGGCGAAAAGGGUUCUUUCGGAAAUGGGAGAGCGCGGCUGCGAACCGAACGUGAUUGCUUAUAAUGUUGUUGUUAGAGGGUUGUGUGGGAUUGGAGAUUUCGAUGAGGCGUUGGAGCUGAAAACGACAAUGGCUGAGAAGGGCUUGGUUCCCGAUAAUUACACUUACGCGAUAUUCAUUGACGGGUUUUGCCAGCACAAGAGAACUUCUGAGGCGAAGUUGAUUUUGGAACAGAUGUGUGAAAGAGGCUUGAACCCGGAUCAUAAUAUUUACACCGCGUUGAUUAAUGGGUUCAUGAAAGAGGGAGAUGUGGAUGGAGCUUUCGAAAUCAAGAAUACGAUGGUUGCUCGUGGAAUUAAGUUGAAUUUGGUGACGUAUAAUGCUAUUUUACACGGUCUCUGCAAAGCUGGUGAAAUGGAGAGGGCAGUGAACUUAAUAAAUGAAAUGAUCGAAAUGGGGAUAAAACCCGAAAUCCAGACUUACAAUUAUUUGAUCGAGGCUUAUAGUAAAGAGGGUACUGUGGACAAGGUUUCUGAGGUGCUCGUUUGGAUGAAUGAAAGAAACUUGCCACCUUCGGCGUACACAUUUAGUGCUAUAAUUAACGAGUUGAGCCGAACCGGAGAUCUCGAAAAAUCCAAUCUUUUAUUGGAGAAUAUGUCUGCAAGAGGUAUCGCACCAAGUGUUGCUAUCUACACGACGAUCGUAAAAGGUUACGUGAAAGAAGCUAAAUUCGAAGAGGCUAUGGCGAUUUUGGACGGUAUGUGGGAGAAAGGCAUUUCGCCCGACGUUUUCUGCUAUAACUCUGUAAUUAUGGGUCUUAGCAAGUUAAGAAGAAUGGAAGAGGCAAGAACUUGUUUCGUUGAAAUGCGAAAGAAGGGAUUAAUACCAAAUUCCUACACAUUUGGAGGAUUGAUAAACGGAUACAUUGAGAUCGGUAAUAUGGAGUUUGCUGAAAGUUAUUUCAUGGAGAUGCUCGAUCAAGGUAUAGCUCCCGAUUUAUACAAUUAUACGUCUAUAAUUGACGGCCUCUGCAAAAACGGGAACUUGACAGAGGCGUUUUCGAUAUUCAACCGCAUGCUAGAACAGAAUUUACUCCCGAAUGUGCAUAUCUAUAGUGUACUUAUAAUCAGCCUUUCCAAGAACGGGAAAUUGGUCGAAGCAAUGAGAAUUUUCUCGAAAUUCUCCGACACGGGUUUGGUGGCCGAUGUUUAUACUUACACUUCGCUCGUUUCUGGUUUUUGUAAGCAAGGUAGUAUGGUAGAGGCUUUUAGGAUUCACGAUGAAAUGUCCAAAAAGGGUAUAAAUCCAAAUAUCGUAACUUAUAAUGCCUUGAUUGGUGGAUUCUUUAAAUCGGGCGAGAUAGAGAGAGCUAAGGAGUUGUUUGGUGGAUUAUCUGACAAAGGUUUGAUGCCAAAUAAGGUUACGUACGCCACUAUGAUAGACGGGUUUUGCAAGGCGGAAAAUUUGGAAGAAGCGUUUGGUUUGUUGGAAGAGAUGUCAUCUAAGGGGGUCCCGCCCGAUGUUUUUGUCUACAAUUCACUUGUCAAUGGAUGCUGUAAGAAAGGAGAUAUGGAGAGGGCUUUGUCUUUAUUCGACGGUAUGGUGGAGAAGGGUAUUGCUUCGAUACACACGUUCAACACAAUGAUUGACGGGUUUUGCAAGUCGGGGAAUUUGAGCAGGGCGGUUGACUUGGUCAAGGAAAUGGUCGAUAGGCAAAUCAUGCCAAAUCACGUGACGUUCACGAUCGUAAUCAAUCACUACAGCAAG